GGAACCGUGAUUCGUCCGCGAGGCCAGAUUGCGGCAUCACGUUACCAUACGUGAUGACGCGUGAUGUCUUGUUCUAUUUUUGGCGGAAACCGAAGUAUUAUAUAGAUGCAGUUACCAAGUCAAGUGCCCCACUCUUGAGAAAAUAGCGAAGAUGUCAGUGGCAAUAGUAGGUGCCGGAAAAUUCGGUCAGGCGAUAGCACGGGGUUUCGUACGAGCAGGCCUCGUGGCAGCCGAUCGUAUCAUAGCUAGUACUCCUUGCAGUGAAGAUCUUGCAAAGGCGGCGAAAAUUGGAGUAAGAACUACAUUCGACAACCUAGAAGCCGUAAAGCCCAGCAAUGUUGUAUUUCUUGCCGUUAAACCAGAUGUCAUGCGCACAGUUCUUUAUGAAAUCGCUCCAAUUAUCAGCGAACGUCAUAUCGUAGUAUCGGUAGCAGCCGGUGUUAAAAUCAGCUACGUUGAAGAUAAACUUCCAGUCGACACAAGAGUGAUUCGUGUCAUGUCAAACACUCCUUGUAUGGUGGGUGAGGGCGCUACGGUAUUUGCCAGGGGUACAGCAGCGAAGGACUCUGAUUCUGUGCUUGUUCAGCAGUUUUUCUCUACCUUGGGAUUCUGUGUUGAAAGCGAGGAAUCAAGUCUUGAUGCAGUAACUGGUGUCAGUGGAAGUGGUCCAGCAUACGCAUUCUGUGCCAUUGACGCAAUGGCAGAUGGAGGAGUGAAAAUGGGGCUGCCCAGGGAUCUGGCACUUAAACUAGCUGCACAGACAAUGCUGGGAGCUGCAAAAAUGACUUUAGAACCUGGCAGUCAUCCAAUGAUUUUGAAAGAUAAUGUGGGUUCUCCGGGAGGCACUACAAUGGCUGGAGUUCAUAAACUAGAAGAACUUGGCUUUAGGAAUUGCCUUAUCUCUGCCGUUGAGUCCACUACGGUGAAAUCCGUUGAACUAUCUCAACAAAUGUUGGAUGAAGAUAAAAACUACGACGAAGAUGUCAAAACUGCCGUACUUAAAAUUUGAAGAUCGUCUGACCACUUAUGUAUUGACGUAACUCAUCGGACUUGUCACACAUUGACGCCACUCGCCUGACCUCUUACAUCAUGAUGACAUCACCUGAUACUCUGUGACGUCACUCGUCUUAUGCCGUGCACUUUACCUGAUCUCUUACGCAACAAUCACGAGGAAUUCAACUCUGCACAGUCUAUGAUUUUACUUUAAAAUUAGUGGUUGUUGUGUCUGUUGUUGUUGCGCUGCUUGUUUUUGUUGUUAUUGUUGUUGUUGUUAAUUUACAGUAUACUAGAAGUAUGCAAAUAUAUAUUGUUCGACUUUUAAAAGCCCAAAUGCGAAAAUUAUGAAAACGAUUAUCUAAUUACAUACCGAUAUUUGUCUAUAUAUGAAAUUACCGUUUAGUACCGGUAAUCUUCAGUUUAUAGGUUAACAAUUUGUAAACAACGUUCUUGUAAUUCUCCUCAUGUCAAAAUGACUAAGUAUUAUAUCUAUGUUAAAUAUAUGUACAUUCUUUCAAA